AUGGCCGGAGUGCUGCGGGACAGGGCGGCCGCCGUGUGGAACGAGAUAGUGGGUGAGUGCGAGCGGCUGCAGCUGCAGGGCGCUGCCACAGCCAGGCACGUGGCCGAGGUGCUGCCAGCCAAGAACCAGAGUGUCCUGAAGCUAGCUAGCGAGGCUUGGGAAUUGGUGAUCGAGAGGCUGAUCUUUGUGAGAAACACGUGCAAGAAUGAAGAGCAGCUAUUGCUGGAGCAGGCAGAGGAGGAGCGGGCGCUCCAGAGCAUCCUGACGCUCUGGGCCAAGGCUCUGCAGAAGCUGUCUGUCCUCUGAACCUACCUGGUGGACAUGAUCACCAAACUGGAUGACCAGGGCCUAGUGGUCAGUGACUUGCUCAGGUCUCGUGCUCUCUGGGGAGCCCUGCAGCAAGGUCCUUCAUUUUGUGCCCAAGGACACAUCCUGAUGCUGUGA